AUGAAGCAGAACGAACUGGCAAGCGAAGAUGGCAUUGGCGUCGGUACUGCUCCAGGAGCAUAUCGAGCUCCUGACGGCAGUCGCCCAGAAGCAGAAAGACGCCCCUUGACUCUGCCUCCAAACACAAGCUUGGAAAAGUUCAACGACUUUAUGCAACGCAUUGCUGAUAUUAUUGGCUCUGAAAAUGCCACGGUCAUCUCUAGUGACAAUGAGCUCAAGCAUGAGUCUUACCUUGAUCCCAGCAAGGCUUACGAUAUGUACCACAUCACGCCAAAGGAGUAUUUCGUCAGCUCGGCCGUUGUCGCCCCUAAAAAUGUACCUGAUGUGCAAGCCAUCAUGCGACUGUGCAACGAGUUCGAGAUACCCGUGUGGCCCUUCAGCAUCGGUCGAAACGUCGGAUACGGAGGUGCAGCACCAAGAGUUCCAGGAAGCAUAGGUCUCGAUAUGGGCAAGAAUAUGGCAAAGAUCUUGGAAGUCAAUGUUGAUGGUGCUUUUGCUUUCGUCGAGCCAGGAGUGACAUUCAUUGAUUUGCACAACUACCUGGUUGAGAACAACUUGCGCGAGAAGCUCUGGAUUGAUGUUCCUGACCUCGGAGGCGGUUCAGUGAUUGGAAACACUGUCGAGCGUGGUGUCGGAUACACACCAUACGGAGAUCAUUGGAUGAUGCACUGCGGUAUGGAAGUCGUCCUGCCAGACGGUACUCUAUGGCGCUCGGGAAUGGGUGGUCUUCCAAACCCAAACGCCGACCCCAAUGCGCCUCCACACGAGCAAGCUGCAAACGAGACGUGGGGAUUGUUCAACUAUGGCUUUGGUCCCUACAAUGAUGGCAUCUUUACUCAGUCUUCUCUGGGUAUUGUCGUCAAGAUGGGUAUUUGGCUCAUGGUCAAUCCUGGUGGAUAUCAAAGCUACCUCAUCACUCUGCCGAAGGACGAAAACCUGCAUCAAGCUCUGGAGAUCAUCAGACCUCUCAGAGUGGGUAUGGUACUGCAAAACGUUCCUACCAUGCGACACAUCCUGUUGGAUGCGGCUGGCAAUCGAAAAUCAUACACAGACUCAGACAAACCUCUGACCGACAACGAACUCGACGCCAUUGCCGAAAAGCUCAACCUCGGACGCUGGAACUUCUACGGCGCAGUCUACGGCCCCCCUCCCGUCCGCGAGGUCCUACUCUCAGUGAUCAAGCAAUCCUUCCUCCAGAUCCCUGGAGCAAAAUACUACGAGCCCAAAGAUAUGCCCGACAACAUCGUGCUUCAAACAAGAAACGAUACACUACAAGGCAUCCCAAGCACGACGGAACUUAAAUGGGUCGAUUGGCUACCAAAUGGCGCACACCUAUUCUUCUCACCUAUUGCCAAAGUGUCUGGUGAUGACGGUGUAGCUCAAUACCAAGUCACCCGCCAACGAUGCGAGGAAGCCGGCUUCGAUUUCAUCGGCACUUUUGUCGUGGGAAUGCGCGAAAUGCACCACAUAGUCUGCAUAGUCUUCGACCGCAAAGACCCAGACUCACGCCGGCGCGCCCACUGGCUCAUCCGCACCUUGAUCGACGACGCAGCAAAGCGCGGUUGGGGCGAAUACAGAACCCAUCUCAGCGUCAUGGAUCAGAUUGCAGAUACAUACAGUUUCAACGAUAACGCGCAGAUGAAGUUGAAUGACAAGAUCAAAGCUGCUCUUGAUCCCAAAGGUAUCAUCAGUCCGGGAAAGAAUGGAGUGUGGCCGAAGCAGUAUAAUAAGGAGGAUUGGAAGGUGCCGGAGCAGUAG